GUUCUGAUAAGGUGUGGAGUUGUUAACAGUACACAACCCCACAUCUUGCAAGGAUGUAUUGGUUGAUAUUUUUCUACAGGUCAAUGGUGUUUUCAUGUUUGCGGCAUUAGCCUGCCUCACUUCAAUUUUCAUUGGAAUUUCAGAUGCUCAAGUGUCAGCAGUGGCUAGUUUCAAUGACCCGAGAUGUGAUGGGCAGAUGGUGUGUCCAAAUGACCCUCUUCUCUUCACUUGUACUGUCACUGAAAGUCCUUCGGUCUGCUGAAGUAACACUACCCUCUGGAGUGGGAGUACAAGUCACUAGUGACAACAUGACACAAGUAGUUGGAGCUCCUCUACCAGAUGGAGUGACUGUACAGUCUCACAAUUCAGUAGUGGAUGGAGGACUAGUAAACUACACACUAACACUGGCUAUCGAGAGAGCCUCGCUGUUGGGUAGCAAUCCCGUCAUAUGUGAUGCUAGAACUGUGUCACCGUUGACAGACGAGAAAUCAUGUCCAAUAGCCACAGACCCAGGUCCACCAGAGUCUCUGAGUCAGAAUGUAUCAGCCAACACUGAGACAUCAGCAGUGGUGCAGUGGGGGUCUCCAGCCAUGACUGGAGGCAGUGGAGUGACCAUCAGUGAAUAUAGCAGUGACUGUUGA